GAUAAAAACUUCCUCAGGUUUGACCAGCGCUGGAAUUGUCUUAAGUCCCAAGCUGAUGUUAGCAUCGGUGAAAUGAUUUACUUCUACCAAUCAGGAUUUAAACAUGUAGAGAGAGAAAGUGAGAGAGAGAGAGAGCUUCCUUGGUCAACGUGUACUGAGCACCGGCAAUGAAGAAAAAAAAAAAGCAGAAAACCAAGGCAGACAUAUUCCAGCCUCACAGACAAGUCCUCCAUUGUUACGGACUCCUUGUUCUUUUCUACACCUCUAUGGGAUCCUUCUUGUUCUUUAUCAUUGGUUUUCUCUUCUAUCCUUCUGUCUCUGGGAUUUCUUUCUCAGAAUUUAUCUACCCAAAUUUCAGUGCUUCAUACUUUCAAUUUAUCGACAAAGAUGGGGCAUUCUUGUUCUCUAAGAAUGAAACAUUCAAAGCUGCUAUCUACAAUCCUGAAGCUCAAACCAACUUUUACUUGUCCGUCAUACAUGUUGAAUCCAACACCAUCAUCUGGUCAGCUAAUCGUGAUUCUCCUAUCUCCGACUCUGGUAAUAUGGAUCUCACUAACAAUGGAAUUAGCAUUGCUGAUCCAGCUGGUAAUCUCAAAUGGUCAACUCCACAAUUACAAGCAACAGUUUAUGCAUUACUGCUGACAGAGAUGGGUAAUCUUGUUCUACUUGAUCAAUUUAAUCGUUCUCUUUGGGAGAGCUUCCACUAUCCAACAGAUACAAUUGUGAUAGGACAACAGCUUCCAGUUGGGGCAAAUCUGUCAAGUGCUGUAUCAGGAAGUAACUUGUCAACUGGUGAUUACAGAUUCAUGGUUGCUGCUUCUGAUGCAAUAUUACAAUGGUAUGGACAGGUAUAUUGGAAGCUGACAAUGGAUACCAAGGCCUAUAUGAAUUCUGAUUAUGUAGUUGAGUAUAUGGCAAUAAACAAAACAGGCCUUUAUCUCUUUGGUCGUAACGGAUCAGUUGUUAUAAUUCAGGUUAACUUGUUGCCGACCAACUUCCGGAUUGCCAAUUUGGAUUUUUCGGGUCAGUUUACUGUACGUAGUUUUUCUGGUGGUGAAUGGGUCCAGGAAUUUGUUGGGCCAAUUGAUGGUUGUCAAAUUCCAACCAGCUGUGGCAAAAUGGGAUUAUGUACGAUUGACUCUACGUCAAAUGCCCCCACUUGUUCAUGUCCAUCUGAUUUCCAUUCAGCUUCACAAAAUAUUGGUGGUUGUUUGCCAAAUAACCCUUCUUAUUCUCUACCUACUGCUUGUGAUUCAACCAUUAAUGUCAGUGAGUCAAAUUCUUCCGCUGUUUCAUAUCUGAGACUGGGAUCUGGUAUGGAUUAUUUUUCUCUCGAUUUCUCUCGGCCUGUAAGAUAUGGUGUAAAUUCUUCAGUUUGUCAAGAUUUAUGCUUGGGGUACUGUGCUUGCUUGGGAAUUUUCUACGACAAUUCUUCUGGCUCUUGCUAUGUGCUUGAAAAUGACUUAGGCUCCAUUAUAUUGAGCAAUACAGUUGAAAAUGAUCUUCAGGUCUAUGUUAAAGUACUUGUUGGACCUACUUCUACAGAUUCCGAUGGUAACAAUAGUUUUAGCAAUCAAGGGAAACAGUUUCCCAUAGCUGCUGUUGUGCUUUUACCUUCCACGGGGUUUUUCCUGUUAGCUGCUCUAGUUUUCCUCUGGUGGAAAAGAUGGAUACUCAAUAAAGCUGGAGAGCAAAAAUUAGGCCACCUGAACUCAUUGUCUUCAGGAGAUCUGGAUGACUUCUACAUUCCCGGCUUGCCACAAAAGUUUGAUCAUGAAGAACUUGAGGUGGCUACUGAUAAUUUUAAGACCCUAAUAGGAUCGGGUGGGUUUGGUGCUGUAUACAGAGGUACACUUCCUGAUAAAACUGUUGUGGCAGUCAAGAAGAUAACAAAUCCAGGCAUCCAUGGGAAAAAAGAAUUCUGUACAGAAAUUGCAGUAAUUGGAAAUAUUCACCAUGUCAAUCUGGUCAAAUUGAGAGGAUUUUGUGCCCAAGGGAGACAACGCUUUUUGGUGUACGAGUAUAUGAACCAGGGCUCAUUGGACAGAACCCUCUUUGGCAGUGGGCCUGUCUUAGAGUGGCAAGCGAGAUUUGAUAUAGCACUUGGAAUUGCUCGUGGCCUUGCAUACUUGCAUAGCGGCUGUGAACAUAAGAUCAUUCAUUGUGAUGUCAAACCUGAAAAUAUUCUCUUGCAUGAUCAUUUUCAGGCAAAGAUCUCUGAUUUUGGGCUCUCAAAGCUUCUAAGCCCUGAACAAUCCGGUCUGUUCACAACAAUGAGAGGCACUCGUGGCUAUCUUGCACCUGAAUGGCUCACUAACUCUGCGAUUUCUGAAAAAACUGAUGUUUAUAGUUUUGGAAUGGUACUGCUUGAAUUAGUGAGUGGGAGGAAAAAUUGCUCAACGAAAUCACAAAGUCUUAGCAUGGAUGAUACUAACAGUGGUGGAGGCAACUCGUCAUCCUCAUCAGUGACGGGAUUGGUUUACUUUCCACUAUUUGCACUAGAGAUGCAUGAACAAGGUAGAUACUUGGAGCUUGCAGAUCCAAGACUUGAGGGGCGGAUAACAAAUAAGGAGGUGGAGAAGUUAGUCCGUGUUGCUUUGUGUUGUGUUCACGAGGAGCCAGCACUAAGGCCGAGUAUGGCCACUGUUGUUGGGGUGUUGGAAGGUGGGCUUCCCUUAGGCCAGCCAAGAUUGGAAUCCUUGAAUUUUUUGCGCUUUUAUGGCCGCAGAUUUACUGAGGCUUCGAUGAUAGAAGAUCAAAGUGGGCAAAGUGAUUUCAUACUAUUCCAACAAGCAAAUGCUUCUCAUAGUAGUACAACUGGUUCAAAUACUUGCCUUUCUUACGUCUCUUCACAACAAAUCUCUGGCCCUAGAUAA